GCAUGUGUGAAUAAGCCUGCUUCCUGCUCCACUUCCUCCUCCUCCACCGUCGGCAUCUCCAUCUCCCCACCCUCCGUCUACCCGGAUCCAUCCAGGCAUCCAAGGAUCAAGCAGGCAAGCUGUCUCUUCUUCCCAGGAAAACGCGUAUCGCCUGGACAGCUGGACUGCCGCUGUCCCUCUGGAGGAUGAUCCUGUGGAUGAAGACGCAGGACAUGGCAUUAGGGGAGCUGCUGGAAAGACUGAAGACCGUCAUCAAAACCAUAGAUGAAAUCAUGCAAUUGGACAAUAGUCCGCUCCGAGCUACAGACAUCACUCCUGACCUCAGAAAGAGAUUCGCCUUCCUCUCAGGUGGCAGAGGAGACAAUGGCAGCCCCAUCAUCGUGUUUCCAGAGUUUCCCUCAUUUGGAGAGAUAACAGACAGAGAGUUCCACAAUGUACUCACCUACCUGACCAGUGUGCCCAGCUUGUCCCCAACAGAAGUGGGUUUCAUUCUCGUCAUUGAUCGGCGACAAGACAGAUGGGCAGCUGUCAAGGGGACUCUGCUCCGGAUAGCUGGCGCCUUCCCGGGGAACCUCCAGCUUGUCCUGGUCCUGAGGCCCACCACCCUCCUGCAGCGUACCCUGUCCGACAUCCUCUUCAAGAUGAACAAAGAUGAGUUCAAAAUGAAAGUCCCGGUAAUCAUGCUGAGCUCACUGACGGAGCUUCAUUCCUACAUCGACCGGUCACAGCUCACCCAGGAGCUCGGGGGGACUCAGGAGUACUGCCAUGAGAAGUGGAUCUCCCAUCGCACUGCUAUUGAGGGCUUUGCUUUAAUGGUGAAGAAGAUGGCACAGACUCUUCAAUCGUUUGGGAUGGAACUGGCUGAAACUGAACUCCCAAAUGAAAUUCAAGCCACAACCACUCUACUCAACACACACACCAGCAAGAAAAACAAAAUGAAGGACGACCUGUUGGUGACUUUGGGACAAGGCAGCCAACUUCUAGAGAGCAUCAAUGAGCCAGUAGUACGAGAUCCAGACCACAAUAUGAACCAGGAUGAGUUGGAAAACCUGGCGACUGUGCAAAGACUGCUCUCCCAGCUGGAUGAGACGGAGAGGGCGUUUGAUGAGUUCUGGGUGAGGCACCAAACCAAACUGGACCAGUGUCUGCAGCUGUGCCACUUUGAGCAUAACUACAAAGAGGUGAACGCUCUGCUGAACCAGGUGGCGGAAAAGCUUUCAACAUUUUCCGAGGUGGGGAUCAGCCCCGCACACGCCGACCAUAUCUUCAAUGAACUCACCACCUAUGAGAAGAAAGUCUGUGAGGUGGUGGACAGGGCUGCAGCUUUGGCCCAUGAGGGAGACGAGCUGGUGCAACACUCGCACUAUUCAGAGGAGUCCAUCCAGCCAAAAUGCUCUGACCUCAGAUCAGCCAGUGAAAAUGUGUCCAACAACUUUAAAGCAAAGAAAGCCCACCUUCUGAAAGCUCUUGAGCUGCACCACCAUCUGGAACGAGCAACAAAGUGGUGCGAUGAGGGCAUAUACUUACUAGCAUCGCAGCCAGUGGACAAGUGCCAGUCACAUGAGGGGGCAGAGCUGGCACUGAAGGAACUUGAACGGCACUUGGACAAUUCAGGACAGAAUCAGCUGACAGACCUUAGUGGAAUAGGGAGUGAAUAUGAGGCUGUUCUUAACCCGCAGUUCAGAGAUCAAGUGGAAAAGGUCUUCCAAAAGCAAACGUCGAUGCUGGAGAUGUUUGAUAAGAGGAGGGUCAGUUUGAAAAAGCUCGCAGCCAAACAGACAAGACCAGUCCAGCCUGUCGCCCCGAGACCAGAGGCUUUCAUCAAAUCCCCUCUCACCUCUCCUGCUCACAAAGUACAACAGGAGAGGAUUUCAGAGGUGGAUUCCUGCACUACCAUCAUCUGUGAAACAGGAAAUGGGCAGCUGCUGAAUGGAGACAGUACGAGCCGACACGCCUCUCUGUCAGAGGAAGAGGAAAACUUGGCAGUGCUGCGGAGACAUGUGAUGAAUGAGCUGCUAGAAACUGAAAGAGCCUAUGUGGAAGAACUGCUUUGUGUUCUACAGGGCUAUGCCUCUGAGAUGGAUAAUCCAGCAAUGGCCCCCCUCAUCCCCACUCCUUUGCAAAACAAAAAGGAGAUUUUGUUUGGCAACAUGCCAGAAAUCUACCACUUCCAUAAGAGAACUUUCCUCCGAGAGUUGGAGCUGUACACUGACUGUCCGGAGUUGGUUGGAAGAUGUUUUCUUGAACGUAUGACUGACCUACAGAUCUAUGAGAAGUACUGCCAUAACAAGCCCCGCUCAGAAAGCCUUUGGAGGCAGUGCUCCGACUGUGCCUUUUUCCAGGAGUGUCAGAAGAAGUUAGAACAUAAACUGGGCCUGGAUUCUUACCUGCUCAAACCUGUUCAAAGAAUUACCAAAUAUCAGCUGCUAUUAAAGGAAAUGUUGAAGUACAGUAAGGGCUGUGAAGGAGCAGAGGACCUACAGGACGCUCUUACCUCUAUCGUAGGCAUCCUGAAGGCCGUUAACGACUCCAUGCACCUUAUCGCCAUCACAGGAUACGAGGGAAAUCUGAGUGAGCUGGGUAAACUGCUGAUGCAAGGUUCGUUCAGUGUGUGGACAGAGCAUAAGAAAGGCCAUGCCAAAGUGAAAGACUUGGCUCGGUUUAAGCCCAUGCAGAGACACCUUUUCCUUCAUGAAAAAGCCCUACUCUUCUGCAAACGAAGAGAGGAGAACGGAGAGGGUUACGAGAAAGCCCCGUCCUACAGCUUCAAACAGUCCCUCAGUAUGAAUGCUAUUGGCUUCACUGAAAAUGCCAAGGGAGACAAUAAGAAGUUUGAAAUCUGGUCCAACUCCAGAGAAGAAGUCUAUAUUGUGCAGGCCCCGACUGCUGAAGUGAAGACUGUUUGGGUGAAUGAAAUCAGAAAGGUCUUGACGACGCAGCUUGAGGCGUGCAGAGAGGCCCGCCAACAGAGGGCACCAGACCAUGUUUUCCAGUUUCCUCCAGUGACAGGAGGAGCUGUGAGCCUCAGCCCUUUUAAGACUGGACAGAAGUCACUGAAGAAGGGAGAAGAGAGGAAAGCAGAGCCAGGCAGCCCCGACGUCAACUGUUCUUCACCAAAACCAGCUGGAAAAGAAGAGGCUCUCAUAAGUCCUACCUCAGAGAGAGCGGCUGUUGCUAAAAAGCGCUUUACUUUACAGGGCUUUAGUAACUUCAAAGCCCCGAAAGAGUUCUCAGCUUCUGAUGAUAAAAGUUUUACGUUACCCCUGAUGAUCCUACCAUCUCCAGAAUCUCCCCCAAGCCCUGAUCACAAGACAAAACGGCAGAGUGAUCCCACACCAUUUGGCUUCAAAGAUGCAGGGCCCCCUCCCCUUCACCUGAGCAGAGCCAGUUGGUUCAGCACCACUAGUGUCAGACACAGUAAAUGGAGAGGAUGGAACAAGGCCUCGAUGUCCCUGAAUACCUCUGAGGAGCAGGAUGGAUACUCCAGUGCUGAAGACCCACUAAACUCAGACAAUGAGGACGACGCUGACAAGAAACUAUGUGUUGGCAAAUACAUUGUGAAUAUUGAUCUCAAUGGCUCUGAAGAUUUGUCAAUGAAGAGUGGAGACAUGGUUCAGUUAGUCCGAGAGGGCGAAGACAAACAGUGGCUUGUCCGCAACCUUAGCACUUCAAAGGAGGGUUGGAUUGCUGCUUCAAAUCUUAUAUCACUCGUCAAAAAGUCUAAGUCAUGCCAGUCCCUCAACAGCUCAGAGGGCAGUGGCUCUGGAAAUCUCAGCACGUCGUCCAGUUGCAGUGAGACCUACACUGGUUUUUCUGAUCUCAAACCCUGAGAUCACGUGCACUUUCUGUUCCCGACCAAACAGCCCAUUUGGAUGCUAGCAUCACGUGACUAUCUGUGCUGUAUUGCCAACAUUGUACUGUUUGAUUAUUGUACAGUUUCCACAAAAAACAUGUCUUUAUUAUUUGUCCGGUCAUAAAUGACAGAAUUAAUGUUAAGAUGUGUCAGAGUACGUUUCGAACCUGCCGUUAAUUCUCUUUUUCACAAUAUAUGUAUAAUUAUUCUGUAACAGCAGUAUGAAUGAGCCAGCCGGACUGGACUGAUUGUGUUAUCUGUCUGUCUGAUCAAAUCACACCCAAGGUAAAACUGUUACUGUUACACCACCAUGUAUAAAUAUUUGCACAUAUUUACUUACUGCUAGAUUUGAAGACUGUUUUGUGUAUUUAUUAUUUACUAUUUUUGUUAAAAAAUCAAGUUGCAUAUAUGUAAAGUUGUCUGUCUGUGUCAGUUCAUGUAACUACCAGCUUCUCUGAGAUUUUGUCUAAAAGUGAUGCACAAAACUUGAUGGAUCAAGUAAGCUACAGUUAAAACAUGUUUGCGUGAAGUUGAACUAGAUGGAGGUGACUGUAUAGAUUUAAUUUAUUCUCUUUUGAGGAUUAUGUUGAAUGUAGAUAUUGUUCAUGUUUGUCAU